AUGCUUCCACCGGGGUCAACAUACAAAACCUGUGAUAAAUGCCACAAUAGCAGCAAGCUUCGCAAACAAAGAAAGCGGAAAAGAGAGAAGGAGGAGGAGGAGGAGGAGGAGGAGGGGGUCUCUCACCGGCAGGUCUCCCUUCAUGUAACAGCUGAAAAUGGUGGGCCGGGAGAGCGAAAUAUCACGUACAUCGUCAUUGAUGAUGAUCAUGAGAAGUCAUCUGAAGAAGACGAGAGCAAUGCCCCUGUUAUAUUUCAAGAUAGCGAGGCAAUGAUGAAGAGUCUAAAAAAUGUGUUUAAAAUGGCCAAGCACGUCUUUUUUCAUGGAAACUACACAAUACCAGUUGACCCCUUGGUAACGGACAAAGAACGUGUCCAGAUGACGGCGCAUGAUUUAUGGAAGGCUACAGGUUAUCGCUUCAGGGUUAAGGAAAAUAAAGCCCUUGCGACAGGCCACAAGACACGAUAUUGGUGUUGUCAGGACCAAGACCGAAAGCAAAAAAGUCGACCAAGCCAGAGAGAGGGUGCAAAACAUCGCGACGCACUAGGGAUGCAUCGCUAUGAAUGCAAGAGCAAGCUUAAUAUCUCGUGUCGAAGAAUUGUGAGUUAUGGAAACGACACACGCACCGUAACAAUUUGGCUUGAACAUCAUAAAUGGCACACACCAUACUACGAUGUUUCCCUCCCACCCAAUGCUGCGGCCAUGAUACGCAAAGAUCUAGAAUGGACAAGCCCGAGCGAGAUGGCAAAGAAAGUGCUGGGCAUAUUCCCAGCAGUUUCACGUCAACAGGUUCACAAAGCCUGGACGACGAUGAGCGAAACUCUGUGGAAAAGAGAUGCAGAACAGCUAUCCUCAGUCAAGCUAUUUCUAUCGGAGUGCAAAGACGAUGCGAACCUUCUCGAUAUUCCAAAUUUGGAGGGAGUCGAGCAGGUGGCAUGGGUGAUGCGAAAGAUUAUUGGACGCUUGCGUGGAAAAGUUGUGGAAAUUGGUCUGGAUGCCACAUACAACACAAAUUCGAAGCACCUCGAGUUGUACACCAUCCUUGGUGAAUAUGACAACACCAGCUUUCCUCUAUCAUAUUGCUUGCUGUCAACAGCAACAUCAGUUGAAGAGGGAAAGCGUAUAAAAGCCUUGGAGGCUUGGGGAAUGAUCCUACGUGACAAAUAUGGUCUGAUUCCCAGGUUUGUCCACACAGAUAAAGACAUGGGCGAGAUUGGAAUGAGCAGGCGAGUCUGGCCAUCUGCAAAGCACCAGUUAUGCUGGUGGCACGAAAAGGAGGCGGUCCGAAAAAGACUCAAGGGCAAUUUACCCACCUCGCCUUACAACCUAUCGAGAGUGCAAUCGGAAUACCGUUUUAUUGAGUCUGGGUUCAAGCCCCAUGGCCGAAGUGACGCCACAGAUGUUGAAGGAACUGUUCCAGGAGAGGUUCAGCAAGGAGAACCUCGGAUGAAUGGCACGAACACACCUGAAGAUAAUCCCAAUUCUAUCAAACUUCGCAUUCCGAUGUCUCAGGCUAUCAAAACUCCUGUGCCGACAGAGCUCUUUACUCUCCCCCACCUAUUCCUACCGGACUCCUACUGGAUUCCCGGAAUCCUACCGGACUGGACUAGGACUGGGACACAUUUUAUGUUGGCUGAUCACCAUACAAAUUUUGUAUCCUAG